AGACCCUGGAUUUUUUUAUUCAAUAAUGGUUGACGAAGGUGGCCGAUUGAAGAAUAUUUUUUGGGUUGAUUCACGCUCUAGAUUGGCUUACCAACAAUUCGGUGAUGUGAUUACUUUUGACACCACUUAUCGAACGAAUAAGUAUCAGAUACCAUUUGCUCCGUUCAUGGGCCUAAAUCACCAUAUGGAAACCACGACUUUCGAAUGUGGCAUUAUGCAAGAUGAGAGUGAGGAGUCAUUCGUGUGGAUAUUUCAUACCUUUAUAGAGGCGAUGAACGGAAAAGUACCCGGUGCAGUGAUUACAAAUCAGGAUAUUGCAAUGGGUAAUGCACUCGCACGAGUGAUGCCUCAAUCACGCCACAGACUCUGUUAUUGGCACAUAAAAAAGAAAAUGCUAGAGAAGCUUCCUGAAUUAUAUAGAAAAAGAUCCACAUUCAAAUUUGAGCUUAAGAGAUGCGUUAGGGACUCCCGAUCUCACGGGGAAUUUGAUAUUGAAUGGUGUCGGAUAAUGCGUGCUUACGGACUUGAAGACAACAUAUGGCUCUCAAGUUUGUAUGAUGCUAGAAGUAAGUGGGUUCCUAUUUAUUGUCGUAACACAUUUUUUGCAGGUAUGACAACCAUGCAACGCUCAGAGAGCAUGAAUGCUUUCUUUGAAAAAAUUGUCGACUCUCGAACCACUCUUUGUGAGUUCUUUAAGCAAUUCCAAGAAUCGCUUAAUUCUCGCCUUGAGGAGUCUCAGAAGGAGGGAUUCAACUCACGCCAUGAAGAAGAUAUGCUAGAAUUGAGUUGCCCAUUGGAGAGACAUGCGUCGGAGGUAUACACCAGGAAAGUAUUUUCCAUCUUUAGUCAAGAAUUGAGACAAAUUAAUGUGUACAAAAAGGUAAAGGUACACGUAGAUGGCCCAAAAGUCACAUAUCGAAUUAUACGACACGUGGAUCAACUCGACGCCAUAAAGGACAUAAAUGUCGGGUACGAAGAUGUUGUGUUUGACAAGCAUGCUAAAACAGCGAAAUGCAGCUGCCAAGAAUUCGAGUUUCGAGGAGUCUUGUGUCGCCACAUCUUGAUCGUAUUCGCACACAAGGGCGUCGACAAGAUUCCAACGAAAUACAUAUUGCCACGGUGGACGAAAAACGGUAACCAACUACUUGACUCAGUCGCAAUGCCGUCGAAGGCAGGGGACUUCGAGAAGCUUCAUCUGCAUCAAUUUAUUCACAUUACAAGAAUGCUUCAAGACACCAUUAAAGUGUCUUAUGAGGCAUACAACUUGGUACUCGGUGGACUAGAAGACUUGUACAGCCAAGCCUCGAAACUUGCCUACACGGAGGACGACGAUAUGGCAUACGAUGAAGAUGUUCUAAACGCGGAUACAGUAAGCAGAGUGGAGACAGGUAAUUAGGCAUAAUAUUCUUAGCAAAUUUCGAUGUUUCUUCUUAAAAACAUCAUGGGGCAUCUGGACUUGUGUAUCAUGCUAACAAUGGUUUGUUAUAUUGCUUCUGCAAUCUUGUCUAAAACAUCAUACGUGAUAUGGUUGAUUUUUCCUUUUUUUGGGUGUUAUUUUGAAGUAUUUAUAAAGUCGAGUCGGUGGUUUGUAGUAUUUUUCGUUAUUUAUUUGAUAAAAUAAUACCAUUACGUCACCUAAUGUUUUGUACUCCCUGCUACGGAUCAAACUUUAAUCCUGUCUUUGACCUAUUUUCGCGACUCGUUUGAAAAAUAAUAUAGUUGUCACAUC